GUCGCCAAAAGGGGAAUAAAUCUUCAGGCAGAGACUCCAGGGGCCACAGCGGGACCCAGGGGGCCACAGCGGGGCCUCCGCAGCUUCUGACUGGUUCCGGUUUGAACCAGUUAUGGAGAAAAUGUCUCCUCCUCACAGCGUGGAGGAGAAGGUCCUGCAGUAUGAAGGCUUCAUCAGCGACGUCCUGCGGAGAGACCUUCAGAAGGUGAUGGAGCAGAGGGAUCAGGUCUAUGAGAAGAUGUCGCAGUACCUGCAGCUGAAGAACACCAUCCAGAGCCUGCAGGAGGCGAGCUCGGAGCAGCUGAAGGCCGACGUCGACCUCGGCUGUAACUUCUUCGUUCAAGCCCACGUCGCCGACCCAUCCAGGAUCUUUGUGGCGGUGGGAUUCGGGUUCUUCGUGGAGAUGACGCACGAUGAGGCGCUGCGAUUCAUCGACAAGAAGACGACUCAGCUGUCAGCCUUCACUGAGCAGCUCACCAAAGACUCCGCCAAAAUAAAAGCGCACAUCCGCAUGGUGCUGGAGGGUCUGAGGGAGCUGCAGGGGCUGAGCGACCUUUCAGAGACGCAGAGGAGAGACGUUUUCUAGGAUUCCCACAUGAUGGAGAUGGGUGGAGGUUCUGCUGGAUGCCUGAUGAACAGAAUCUGACCGGAGGAGGAGGAGGAGGAGGAAGGAGCUCCUCAUUAGGAGAGAAGCGUCUCCUUUCCUGAACACUUAGCAGGAGCAACUUCUCAGAUGUGGAAGGAAGCCAUGGCGUCGCCUAUGAUGUCACAUCCUGUUGGUGCUGCUCACACAGGAAGUCAUCUGCCCAGCUGAGACUUUUCAAAAUAAAGCGACUUUAAAAAGUCUGGGGAUUUCGAACCAAUGAACCUCUUUAUUCCAGAAUAAGUGAUGAAAGGAGAACAUUCUCUACUUUCUCUACUAUUUUUAUUUUUAUUUUAGUUUUUGUUUAUUAAAGACUUGGAUUAUUUCCCUG